ACGCAGCUUCGCUGCCUUAACUCGGUGUGUUGAGCAUUUGGGAGGGAGGAGAAAAAUUAACACCGGUGGAAUCGGUGGCGCUGACCCAGUGCUUCAGUACUAGCGCCGUACACACGGGAGAUGGUGAAUGAAGACCAGCGAGAUAGGACACAUAGUUUCAACUGGGGGUCCCUGCUGCUAAUCAUCUCCCCGUACCUUGUUACAGUGGAAUUGGUUCUGCAUUUUCACUACGACGGUCUUCAGAGCAAGAUUUUUUAGCUCCUCUCAUAAGGAACACGCGAGACGAUUGCGUUGGACUUGUGCCUUUUUUUUCCGCUGUCGGGGCAACGCUGUAGUUCGGAGGACGAAAUUGGCCCCGUCGGCUUUCCCUUAAAAGGUUUUCCUCAUGAAAAAUCAGCUUUUUUGUACUACCUCGGCCAUGGCGAUGAACAAGAGUGUCGACUGGCUUCAAGAGCAGCUGGAAUCCGGGGAUGCCAGCCUGCUGCUGCUUGACUGCCGAUCCCACGAGCUGUACGAGUCCUCGCACAUCGACUCGGCUAUCAAUGUGGUCAUCCCGGGGUUGAUGCUCAGGCGGCUGAAGAAGGGCAACCUGCCCAUCAAGUCGCUGAUCCCCAACAACGAAGACAAGGAGAAAUUCGUGAAGCGGUGCAAGACCGACACGGUUAUCCUAUACGACGAGUGCACGAUCGAUUGGCACGAAAACGGAACGAGUUCUGUCUUGGGGUUGUUGCUACAGAAACUGAGAGACGAUGGCUGUAAAGCUUAUUACCUGGAGGGGGGCUUCAACAAGUUUCAAACCGAAUACCUCGAGCACUGCGAGACCAACCUGGACUGUUCUUGCCCCAGCAACUCUCCCCCCGUGUCCGUGCUGGGACUGGGAGGGCUGCGAAUAAGUUCCGACUGCUCGGACGGGGAAUCCGACGCCGAUCGGGAGCCCAACAGCGCGACCGAGUCUGAGGGCAGUCCUCUGCCCAAUAACCAGCCCGCCUUCCCCGUCCAGAUCUUGCCGUACUUGUACCUCGGCUGUGCCAAAGAUUCGACGAACCUGGAUGUCCUGGGAAAGUAUGGCAUCAAGUAUAUCCUGAAUGUAACCCCUAAUCUUCCCAACAUGUUUGAGAACGACGGGCAGUUUAAAUACAAGCAGAUUCCAAUUUCAGAUCACUGGAGCCAGAAUCUUUCACAAUUUUUCCCUGAAGCUAUUUCGUUCAUAGAUGAAGCUCGAUCCAAGAAGUGUGGCAUACUGGUUCACUGCCUAGCUGGGAUUAGCAGGUCAGUCACUGUGACUGUUGCGUAUCUCAUGCAGAAAUUGAACCUUUCACUGAAUGAUGCUUAUGAUUUUGUGAAAAGGAAAAAGUCCAACAUCUCUCCAAACUUCAACUUCAUGGGGCAGCUUUUAGACUUUGAAAGGACUCUGGGACUUACAAGUCCCUGUGAUAACAGGGCUCCUAAAGAACAGCUGUAUUUCACCACUCCUACCAAUCACAAUGUUUUCCAGUUGGAAUCUCUUGAGUCGACAUGAAGAAAAGGACAUGUGCAAAUCUUUAAACGACUACCAUUUGAAAAGCUUGCUAUCAGGUGAUCUUGGGGGGAGGUGGGGGAAAGACUGGUCUGACCAGGUUGAUGAAUCUGAUCACUGCUUGGAGAAUGUGCUUGCUGUCUCGUAUCACCCUGAUAAUAAUGAUCGGGGGGAAUAAACUGAGGUUCACUGAAGAGUGAGUUUUCAGUUUUGAAGGGUAUUAAAGUUUAUGGGAAGAAUAGUUUUCAGAGUGCAGUUACAUGCUGUGACAUCUGAUGUUGUCAAGCACCCAGGCAGGCAAUGAAUCCACUACAGACCUGUUAGCUAAAUGUGAUGAAAAAGACUUGGGCACUUGGACAUCUGCAGGAAGGUGCCAUCCCAUUACCCUCGUUCUACAUUUUGAGGAAGCUUUACUCUACAAAAUGUAGGGUUGCUGCAUUUUUCCCUCAUAAUAACUGGACUGUUGUACAAACAGUUAUUGUUCAAUCACAUUUUUUUGAUUGUUUUCUAUGUUAUUUGUUGACCUAAUGCAGUUUGCACAGUUGUGAAGCCUCUGAGUCAUGGCACUUCACUGGUACUCCACAGAGGUAAUGGACACUUCAUUGUGGUAGGCAUCUGGCAAAUGUGAAUGGGACAGACCUGGAUGUUACCUGGACCGUGCAUUGAGCUCUGAAGGGAAGUUAGCAUUGCAAGAAUACAAUUUUAAUUUGUUUUCUCUAAAUGCUUAAGCUGAAGAAGAUGGACUGUUUGAAGUCCUAAGCCAAUUUCUUUACAGCAUGCUUGAGGUUGCCCUGGCUGUACGGAGUCGCAGGCAAUGAUUAAUGUUAAACAGCUGGGUUAAAUCGGAUCCAGGUCAGUCUGUCAGUGGGAAGUAAUUGUAGAUGCCAGCACUUAUCUUGCAUACUACAUACUGAACUCUUUUUAACUGUUGCUGCUACUCUGAGGUCCCAGACAAAGUUGAAAUAAAAACCUUAUUGAGCUGCAAGGAAACGAAGAUUACUGCAGUGUUACGCUCGGUUGGAAAAUCGUCAAAGACUUCACAACCUUGGCUGACCUUGUAAUCUAUUUCAGCAUUUUUGUUUUUGUUUUGUAGUAUAAAUCCACUGAAAUGCUUGGUAUUAGAAAUACUUAUGAAACAUAAUUUGUAUUGAUAACCGAAGCUUUUUGGGUCCAAAUUUCUGCAAUUUCUUUUUGUGCAUUCUGUUUUUCUUUUUUUUUAAAAAAACAAUUGUCCAAUUUUCAUAGCCUUUUAUGUGGAGGUAUGUCAGUGUGACCGUGUAAGAUACAAAGAGGGUUUAACAGUUACAAGAACACAGGCAUUAUUUGGGGGAGGGAGAAAAUCGGUUCAUUACUAAAUGGAUCAUCUUGCAUCUUACCUCACUGAGGACUUUUCAGGGAUGAUGGAAAUGCAUCAGUUAUCGUGUUACAGCUGAGUGGAUUUGUAAAGCUUUUGUGCUGUACAUGGUUGAGAUGCAUAUGUGUUUCAAUAUGAGCUUGGUAGAGGGUAGUUUUUGCUUUCUGAUUAUGAAGGAGAAACUCUAUAUUGUAUAGUAUUCUGAACCAAUACAACACAUGUUUAUACUUCAAAUAAAUAUUGAAUUAUUUUUUCUUUAGAUACUGUGUCGCUGUUUCUGCGUCCACUUUAUUUUAAAGGGUUGUGAUGAGGGCAACAUUAGUAUGGUUAUUUUCUCUGUUUUUGCUGCCUUGCGGCAUGAAGAGUCAAACGCAUGCUAAUGGAGUGGAGUUACAUUUUUGCCCUGACUGUGCUAGAGUUGUGACAUUUCCUUCCCUGAGGGCCAUUAGCAAGCUAGUCGGUUACAGUCAUCAACUGGUAUUCAGUUUCACAAUUUCUAGCUGCUUUCCUAAUUUGGAACCAUUGGGCUAACUUCCUUUCGCUUGAUAAACAUUUUUCUUUGCUGGUAUUUUGUUCUGCUCUUUGUUCUCUAAUUUAACACUUUUAAAUUAAUCUUUCCUUUUUCCUCUGCCUACUGCAUAUUACGGUAUUUGGUGUUGGCCAUUUCGGAGCUAUCUCCUUUGGGAAGAAAUAAUACAAGUUAAGGUGUCUCAUCAGUGCUGGUACAGUCGUUGUACCACAUUCUAUUGAACACAUCGACAAGGAGUGCUGUCGAAGUAACACAGUAUCCAUCAAGGACCCCCGCCCUCCAGGCCAUUCUGUCCUGCUGCUGCUAUCAGGAAAGUGGUAUGGGAGCCACAGGUUCAGGAACAGUUUUUAACCCUACAACCAUUAACCAUCAGGCUUCUGAACCAAUGGGGGAUAACCUCAUUCACCUCAACAAUGAACUGAUUCCACAACCUAUAGACUCACUUUCAAGGAUUCGACAACCCGUGUUCUUGAUAUUUAUCAUCAUUAUUUCUUUUGUAUUUGCACACUUUGCUGUUUGUUUUCCACCUCCCCCACCCCCCCACCCACAUCGGUUGUUGCAUAUGUCUGCCUUUGUUGUAUGCAGUUUUUAUUGAUCCUGUUGUGUUUCUUGUAUUUACUGUGAAUGCCUGCAAGAAAACGAAUC